AUGGUGGUCAACGCAUCUGUCUCCGGGACAGGAGCCGUGAAAAGGCCGGCUUCGUCCCUGCACGAUGAUUAUGUCGGUUGGGAACAUGCUCCCUCGAUGGGAACCUCGAUGCGCUCGUCCAUGAACCUUCCCUAUCCUCAUUACGCCUUGAUCUAUCUGGAUACCUCGGGAAAACUCAAGGUUUCCGAGUCUUCGUCUAUCCGCGAACAGAACGGCACCGUGUUCACCCCGGAGGUCCGGGAACGGUUCUUGGAAGUCCUGGGAACACGCAUCGGAUACCACAAGCCGAUGUUGCGCAGAGUCCCUGGAAUUGGGCUACCAGCAUAUGGAUAUGGUCGCCCCGAGGAAUUCACCCGUCAGAGAAAGAGACGUCGAUCAUCCUACCACAACGCUGCGCUAGACUAUCCCGACCCCGUGGAGGAGCUGCCUCCCGCUUCGACAACGAACAUGAUCGGACUUGAGAUUGGCGACGAGGAGAAGGUCCUGGAAUACUACGAAAACGCCUUGAAGCAUUUCCAACAGAUUAACUGCCGUCUGAUCGCGAAGGCUUUUAUCAAAUUCAUCGAGCCUCGCAAGCAGGUCAAACAUCCUUACAACGGAGGCAAGCCACGAGGUACCGGCCAGAAGGGUGAUCCAGAGAAGACAAAGCCAGAGUGGUGGCCCGCCGGAGUCAACCACAAGGAGCCAGACCACCUGAGGAAAGACCAGAGAGUGGCACUUUUGGUCCACAUUUUGCGCAAGCUUGACCAGUCGGGCAUCACCCCGGAAAAGCUCCAGGAAGUUGCACAUGACGCUCGCCGGCAGCUCAAGCCCCCAGAGAAGAUUGAGAUCUUCGAUGAGAUUUUCCGAGUCCGACGGAUGGAGCAGCGCUACGAGAGGGGUGAAGUUGACGCCACCACUGUGGUGUACGUUCUCAACCGAGAUUCCAGCGCCAAAGGCGAGAAAGACGCAGAUGCAGCCAGCGAGCCAGACCCAAAGAUGGAGGAGACGGACGAGGAAGAGGAGACUGAUGACGAAUUCCUGACCCCGUCUUCUUCGGCCGAACAAGCGUCCAGCUCUUUCACAUCCACCGUUGACAUGGGCUUAACAGGACAGGGAAGCGACAGGAACCAGCUAUUCUCGCUGUCUGAACCGAUCGGCCUCGGGGAGCAAUCUCGGCACGAGCGAUCCUUUUAUUCCACUUCUUCCGAGUACGCGAAUGACUAUUCGUCGCCAAACAUGAUCAAACCACCGCCAACGACAUUGGUUAGCCCGAACGAGCAAACCCAGUCGUUCGACUACCUGACACCGGCACCAUUUUCAACGAGCGCUGGAGAUCAGAUGGUGGCCCAACGCCCAUCCGCGAUGCCGAUGCAACACUCUGUCAGCCAAUUCGAUGCCUGGACACCUUCCUUCAGGCAGAACAUGUUCGACCCUCUCGAGUACGGCAACACAACCGGUCAAACCGUUACCCAGUCUCAUCUUCCCUACCAAAUGCCAAUGGCUCACACCUCGGAUAUAACCCACGGCCUCCCUGAACUCCGCUGCGAUAAAUCAUCCCAUAUGGACCCGUUGUCUUUCCGAAGCUCAACCUAUCGCACAGGAUCGAUGGGACACUCCCACAUGGGACUCUCGCGUGAGUGA